ACACUACGCAGUACGUGGUGCGUGGUUGAGCACACAUACACACGACCAGUGAGGGCACUAGAGAACUAAAACACAAGCCAUGAAUUAGAACUUGAAUCUCUUCUGUUACUAAUACUACUAACACCAUGGCAUUGCUAUCUUCCUUCACCACCGUCACUCUCCCACGCACCCAAACACCACUGUUUUACCGGAAAUACCCUUCUCCCAAACUCAAACUCCCUCAUCUCUUUCAAUCAAAUAGGAUCGUUGCAUUUUCUGCCCCUAAAUUGAAUGACCAAAUUGCUUCCAAGUCAACCAACCAAAUUCCAGAUCUCCAGCAUGAGCCUCAAACCCGCACGUGGAACUGGAGGGGUUACUCUAUCCGGUAUCAGUGUGCUGGGAACGAUGGCCCUGCACUGGUUUUAGUGCACGGUUUUGGAGCAAACAGGGGAGCCUCGGAGCAGCGGAUGAGUUGUCUCCACGUGACCUCAAGGUCACGGGUUCAAGCCGUGGAAACAGCCACUGAUAUAAUUAUCAGUAACCAUUGGAGGAAGAAUAUACCAGUUCUUGCAAAAUCCCACCGGGUAUACGCUAUAGAUCUUAUUGGAUAUGGAUAUUCAGACAAGCCGAAUCCUCGCCAAAUUGGAGAUGAUUCAUUUUACACUUUUGACACAUGGGCUGCCCAGUUAAAUGAUUUUUGUCUUGAUGUCGUUAAAGAUAAAGCAUUCUUUGUAUGCAAUUCUAUUGGAGGAGUUGUUGGUCUUCAGGCAGCUGUAGUUGCACCACAGAUGUGCAGGGGCAUUAUUGUUCUCAAUGUAUCACUGCGUAUGCUUCAUAUAAAAAAGCAGCCAUGGUAUGCAAAACCUUUCAUCAGAUCAUUCCAGAGAUUGCUCAGGGAUACAGCUGUAGGAAAAUUCUUCUUUAAAGCUGUCGCAACAAAAGAAUCUGUAAGGAACAUUCUUUGUCAGUGCUAUCAUGACACCUCCAUGGUGACUGACGAGCUAGUGGAGAUCAUACUCAAUCCAGGAUUGGAACCUGGAGCCGCGGAGGUCUUUCUCGAGUUCAUUUGUUACUCAGGUGGCCCUCUUCCUGAAGAGCUACUACCCCAAGUAACGUGCCCGGUAUUGAUAGCAUGGGGUGACAAGGAUCCUUGGGAACCAAUUGAGCUUGGAAGAAACUACGGAAAUUUUGAUUCUGUAGAAGACUUUGUUGUCCUCCCAAAUGUUGGACAUUGCCCCCAGGAUGAAGCCCCUCAUCUUGUGAAUCCACUUGUUGAGUCAUUUGUGGCGUGCCAUGCUAAAUCUUACGUUGAGCAGCCCAGCAGUUAGUUAAAUCAGGUUGUUGAUGCCGUUUGUUUUCAUGGGAAUUGUGUUCAUUUUCAUCCAUCUGAUUCCAUUAAGAUCAUAUUUGAUUUAUUGUUAAAUAAGUAUGAUGUCCUUGUAUAUAUGGUAUUCAGUAUUUGAAUAUUACAAGUUGUUCAUAAAUGAGAAAAAUUAUACCACGUAAAUGCAAUCCAUGGUGGUAAUUGUCAGCAGAGCAUGCUGUGUUUGCAUGUAAUUAUAUCUCAAUUGACAAAAUCCAUUCAUCUUUGUAUUGUAAUAAUAAACUUAUUAAGAUU